AUGCAAGCUUUGGACAAACUUUUGAAAGGCAUGACAUAUGCUACCUUUGCUUCAACAGCAGUUUUAGGAUUGGGAUUAUCUUGUUUGUACACAGUGGAUGGAGGAGAGAGAGCUAUUCUUAUGGACUAUGUAAAUGGUGGUAUUCGUGAUGAUUAUGUUGCUGGGGAAGGAACCCACUUUAAAAUUCCGUUCAUCCAAAAACCAAUCUUUUUUGAUGUACGUGUUCGUCCAAGAGAAAUCACAACCAAGACUGGAACAAAAGAUUUACAAACUGUAAAUAUUACUUUGAGAGUUUUACAUCGUCCUAUUGUCGAAAAACUCCCAGUUAUUUAUAAAGAUCUUGGUGGAGAUUAUGAUGAACGUAUUUUACCAUCUGUCGGAAAUGAAGUCAUGAAGGCUGUUAUUGCUAGAUACAAGGCUGAAGAAAUUAUACAGAGAAGAGAACAAAUUUCAAAGGAAAUACAAAAAAUGGUCAGAGAAAGAGCAUUACAAAAAUUCCAUAUUGAUCUGGUUGAUGUUUCAAUUACUGACUUGAGUUUUAGUAAGGAAUUUACAAGAGCUGUUGAAAUGAAACAAGUAGCAGAGCAAGAAGCUGAAAGACAAGCUUUUAUUGUUGAAAAAUCAAAAUACGAAAAGGAGGCAGCUAUUAUUUUGGCUGAAGGAGAAGCCAUAGCUGCUCAAAUGAUAUCUAAUGCAAUGACCAAAUCAGGUUCUGGUUUAAUUGAAUUGAGAAAAAUUGAAGCUAGUAAGGAAAUUGCAAGUACACUAUCAAAUGCAAAAAAUAUUACCUACCUUCCAAAAGAUACUCCUUACUUGAUUACCAAAUAAAGAAUUUAUUCAAUUAG